GAGUACAAGCUAGUACCUAUGAAGCCUUUAAUGACUUAAUGGUCCUGGAGCAGUUCUUGCAGACCCGGAGCCCUAAUGUACGAGAGUGGAUUUUGGAAAGAAAGCCAAAAAAUGCUAGGGGUGCUGCAGAACUGGCAGAUGACUAUGUCGACAUCCAUGCACCCACAUCCAGAC